GAGGCUGCCAGGACGACUCGGAAGAAGCCCCCAGCUGAGGGCUCGAAGCAGCCCUGAGGACCCACCAGCCACAGGGGUAAACUGGGGCCGAUGGCUGGAGGAGGCAUGCUCCCCUCCCUGCCCACCCUGACUGUACUUGUUCCCCUCCUAUCCCUAGCAGGCUUGUUUUACUCAGCCAGCGUAGACGAAACCUUCCCGCAGGGCUGCACCAGCACAAACAGCUUAUGUUUCUACAGUCUCCUCCUUCCUGUUACAAUACCGGUUUAUGUAUUCUUCCACCUAUGGACCUGGAUGGGGAUUAAGCUUUUUAGGCACAACUAGCGCGAUGCACUUGAUAAUCCCUGGGCUUCUCUAAAGCAACGUGGUUUAUUUAGUCUCAUUGGGUAUUGCAGUUGAUUUGAGAGAGUUCCCUUUCUGGCACUAGUGACUGUCGUCAUCUUCCUAGUAGUAUCUGGAACUGUAUGAAGUCCUCUGCAGCAGCCUAUUACUUAAUUACUGCUAAGGCAGAUAAAGAGGAGGAAUAACAAGAAGCACUAAUUCCUUCUAGCAUAUCCCUUCAAGAGUGUUGUGCGUUUGUAGUGGCACUAAUGAAAAUCUUCUAGGUGGUGAUCAUUUUUACAAGGAAGAACUGUAGCCUGACUGAAAUAACUGAUCUUAAAUAAUAAGCAAUGACAACAUGCAGUGAUAUGAAUCUUUCUUUGAAUUAUGAGGCUUAGUUUUGUUUUGAGCUGAUGUGUGUGUUGAAAUGUAUCAGUCUCACUGUCAGAAGAACAUAAAAUAAAUUGGGCUGAUGUUCAAUAACAAAACUUGACUUAAAUGAAGAAAUUUAGUUGGAUGAUACUCAUGUCUGUAUGUCCAGUAGCUGCUUGCUUGCCUUUUUUUUUUAAAAAAACAAAAAGAUGGGGAGAUGACAGCACUGCAGAGAAGAUGUACUUCUGCAUUUGGGGGUUUUGUUAAAGUGGCUUCCAACAUAUUCCAUUGUCUGCUUAGGAGAUGUAUGUCCCUGUACUAUUUGUUAAGUGACUCUGAGUGCCCAAGUUUGAUAGCCAGGCUGGGUCAUCUUUGUUAAAGAGGCGUCACCUGACAGGUUAGAGGAGAAACAACUCCAACUGAGCCCAGGAUUUGGUAGCCAAGUUGGCAGCUACAAAUGCUGUUUAAGUAUGUAAAGUGUCUUUCCCCUUAGCACUAUCCUCCUCACUAGAGGGGGAACAGAAGAUAAUUCUGCUAAAUACCUCAACCUUCCCUCUUUUCAUUUACGGCAACACUAGAGAGUGGAGCGACAGACCACUAUGAAGGUGUGGGGUGCAAAGAACUAUGUACUCGGUACUGUCUGACAAAAUGUCUUCACAGGACAGAGCUAUGAAGGGGAGAGGUUAAUGCUAUGAUAAUCUAUUAUUACAAGGAUUUCUUUUUUAUGUUCUGUUAUUGGGUGGGUUAUAUCUGCAACACAAGACACACCAAUGUCCCUUACCUGCUGAAAAAUUCAGAAAUGCAGCACCAAGUUGUAAAUACUGCAGAUCUCAGUGUCUCUUGGUGGGACACUAAUAAUGUGGUCAAAUUGAUUGGGCUGCUGCUGGGCAAAUAAUGCUGUUGGGCACAGUAUCAAAGGCAGUGCCCGCAAGAGGUGUAUUCGAAGGCUGACUACCUAAGUGCAGCUGUUUGUUGGGGCCCCUUGUACAAUCAGUGAACAGAGACUCCAGAUCCAGAGGACAGUACAGAGCACAAGCCAUAUUGCCUCUGUAAAUAAACACCUCUUUCAGUGGCUGUAGUGAGGAAGAGGGAAGGAAAGGUAGCUCUAGGAACCGUUGUGACUCUUCUCCUAAGUGUGCAGGAAGGAAAAGCUUUGACAGCUCUGGUUGGCAAGAAGGCUCACUUCGAAAGAACCAGAACUGGGUAAUCAGGCACUGAGAUUGGUAUUUCCUGCUGCACAGGUGUGGUGCCAGACUCUGACAGCCCUUGUGACUGAUACCGUACAUGGUCCCUGAGCUGAGCUCUGCUCUGGGCAGGUGCCCUGUUCCCAUGUUAGCCAUCUAAUGGCUUUUGCAGGGCAGGGCUAGCAUUGCGAUAUCUGCUGAAAAUACAGCUGCCAGAACCUUUGGGUUUGUGUGGAAACCGCAGACUAAAGCCAUGUGGAGACAGCAGCAUUAUAAUCAGCAUUUCAUCUCUCUUGCUGGCACUAUCCUUCCUUUCCCUUCAGGCAGCACCUCGUUGAGAGGAAUGGCUUUUGUGGCUAUGUUGCUUGCUGGCCUCUAAGGCUGGCUCCCCAGCCACCAGGUUUUUCAUGUACAGCAAACUAGCCUAGAGCCUUUAAAGUCAGUCUAGCAGUAAUAGUAAUGGACUUUGCCAAUUACCAGUUUCCUGAGCAAUCCUAUUACAUCACCCCAAAGCAACUUCACAGUAAAUAGCACUGCCACUUGAAUUUAACUUAUUGCAGCAAAGCUUAAUGGCUACCUGCAAUAAGAAUGUAAGAUACUGCCUUCCAGAUUUACUUUCCAUCCCCCAUAGAACAUGUUUUACAGUACUUUCAUGAGUAGUUGUUUUGUUGUAUGCUCGGUGAAUACUGAAACCCUUCUACCAAUGCUUCAGCAACACUGAAAACCAAAAAAUGCUGCAGCAAUAUAUUCAGAGCUAACAAAUAAUACUAUUUA